UGCAGAAGAGAAAGGUAUUCACCAGCCCCUUCUUCAUUUCAUCAGCUAUGAGCUCCAAGGAAGAUCCAUCAUUCCUGGCACCAUCAGAAAAGGCGCCAUCACCUUCCAGCAGUGCCCAGACACCUAACCAAAGAGUUUAUCUUCAAGUAGUUUCAUGUGACUUUUUCCUCACACCCAUCACCAUCCCAUCAGAACAACAUCAACAAGGGUACUUCAAACACACUCCCCUGCUAAAAGAACAUGGCCAAAGGCACGAAAGCCCCCAAGGGCAAGAAGAUCACCCUCAGUGUGGCCAAGAACUGCAUCAAAGUCACAUUCGAUGGGAGAAAACGACUUGACUUGAGCAAGAUGGGAAUCACCACCUUCCCUAAGUGUAUUCUGCGGCUCAAUGAUGUGGACGAGCUCGACCUCAGCCGGAACUUGAUCAGGAAGAUCCCUGAAUCCAUCUCCAAGUUCCAGAACCUCCGGUGGCUGGACCUGCACAGCAACUACAUCGACAAGCUGCCCGAGUCCAUCGGCCAGAUGACCGGCCUGCUCCUCCUCAACGUCAGCAACAACAAGCUGACCUCCAACGGCCUGCCCGUGGAGCUGAACCAGCUCAAGAACCUCCGCACCAUAAACCUGGGCUUGAACCACCUGGACAGCGUGCCCACCACGCUGGGCGCCCUGAAGGAGCUGCACGAGGUGGGGCUCCACGACAACCUGAUCAGCAGCAUCCCUGUGAGCAUCUCCAAACUCCCCAAGCUGAAAAAGCUCAACACAAAGCGGAACCCCUUUCCAAAGCCGGAGGAGUCGGAAGCAUUCAUAGAUUCCAUCAAAAGGCUGGAGAACCUAUACCUGGUGGAAGAGAAGGAUCUGUGUGCGGGCUGCCUGAGAAAAUGCCAAGUUGCCCGGGACAAGCUGAAUAAGAUCAAGAACACGGCCUUGACAGCACCGAAAAAGGCCAUCUUUUCCAGCCUGGUCUCACCCAACUCCAUGGCCAAGGAAUCCCAGGAAGACUGGAGGUCCUUCUGAGGACGAGGGGAGCAACUGUGUCCGAGAAGUGCAUGACAAGACGCCACAUCUCAGACUGGGGAAGCACCCCUAGUCUGUCGGGCUCCUGGGCGUGUCCGCAAAGGAGCCCACUUGCCCACUUCGCCCCUGGCCCCAGAGGCACAGACUCCAUGUGGGGACACAUGGUCAGACAGAGUGGUGACUAGUUACUGGGAUACUGCCCACUUCAGCUCUGCCCCCUUGAGAGACACCUUUUCUUUAGAGUCAGUAUUCUCCCCCUACCUAUUCAAAAGGACGGGCAACGAAGAGAAGUUAGAAAAGUGCUGUGGUCACAGGUGCCCGUGCCCCAGGAGGCUCUGGGGCUGAGUGCGGGUCUGCCCCGCGCCCCGCCUGCCUGCUCACCCCGCCAGGGACCCUCGACGUCUGCUCCUGCACUUGCUGCCCAGUGCUCGCUUGUGUGGCAUGACACCUGUCUAUCACGCCUUCCCUCCAUGGCCACGUCUCAGGAAGGGGCUUUAAGUGCAUUUCACUUCACCAGGAUUGAGAAAUAAACAGGCGGUAGGCCCCAUUUUCCCCAGAAUGUGCUCCAGUUAGAUACGUCUUUAGCCAGGGAAUGCUGGCAGUGGCAUGUGGCAGAGGCUGGAGACAGAGACCAGUUAGGAGGCAUCCUCCGGGCUCUGUUUCUUUCUCUGUCAAGUCUUCCUUGCUGUUAAUGUUCCUUCAUGCUCUAAGAUGCCUCAGUCACCUUUACUCUCUGGAAAUCGUGUUUAGCCGAAAAACACUUCAUAGAAAAGCCACAGGGUUUCUUGUUCCUUGAAUAGGAAAAAAUCUCUAUUCACACUAACCUAAGCAUCACCAUUUUUAAAAGCCAGGUCUGACCUUGGUCACCUGCUGUGUUUGGCCUCUGUUGGCUGGAGCAAUUUUAUUAAAAAUUUACAUAGAGAAACAUGCUAAAAAAUACGAUAGCUAAAUCAAAGUUGAAUUUUAACAAAUUGUUCAGUAAUGCACAGGUAGGCAGGAAAAAAAUAAAACAGAGAAAUGAACAUCAGGGGAAAAAUGGAACACAAAAAAUAAAAUGGCAGACUUACGUUCUAAUAUUUUCGUAAUUACAGUAAAUGUAAAUGGUCUAUUUUGCUUAUAAUGGCCCCGAACUGGAAACAACCAAAUGUCCCUCAAUGCACAAAUGGUUAAACAAAUUCUGGUAUAUUCAUACCUGGGAAUACUACUCAGCAAUGACAAGGAACAUACUAUUGAUACAUGCAACAAAAUGACAAAAUAAUAGAGAUAAAAAACAGAUCAGUGGUUGCCGGGAGUUAAGGAUGGUGGGAGGAAGAAGAGGGUGGGCAUGACCAUAAAGUGUUAGCACAAGAGAUAUCUUUGUGGUGACAAAAUAAUUGUGUAUGUUGAUUGUGGUGGUGGUUACGCAAAUCUACACAUAUGAUAAAAUGACAAUGAACUUUGCAUAUGCAUGUACCAGUGUUAACAUCCUAGUUUCGAAAUUGUACUAGAGUUACAUAAAAUGUAGCCAUUGGAGGGGAGGAACUAAAGGAAAGGUACAUGGGGCCUCUGUGUAUCCUGUUUGCAGCUUCCUGUGAAUCUAUAUUUUAAGACAAUUUUUAAAAAACCAAUCUUACAGCCCAGAUGCAACAAUAAACAGAUCCUUGUACUCCUGUCCUGUGUUCACGCAUGAGGCACUAUGGCAAGCCAAAGUCAGACUGCAACACACCUAGUCAGCCAAGAGCUGCAAAUUCCUCAACCAUCCGGCAGGAUUAAGGCAUUUUUGGCACCUUAACCUCGGCUCACCCUACUAGUCUAAAAUUACCUGCUGUUGAUCUUUUCCUUGCAGAUUACUGGGAAAGAUGCUAAAAUUUAAAAAUGCAUGGCUUUUCUAUGUGCCAGGCUUUCUGGAGGUGGCUGGGCACAGGAAGCAAGUGGGGUGGGGAAAACUUGAACCAGUGGGUUGCUCUUCACCACUGCUGGGCUGUCACACACCUGCCCCCGCCCCCCGGCCUUGGUGGUAUGGGAGUGUGGAGGCUGUGGACACAACAUGGCUGGGUAGAGCUGGAAGGGGCAGGCCCACUGCAGAGAGCAGGCUUGAGUCAGGCCUUUGCCCAGGAAGGGGUCUGAGGUCACGGCUGAGGACAGGGCUGAAACAAGACACAAACCUGGUGCAGCAAGAAUAAUAUGAGACGGGGCCAGAGCCAAGGUCUGAGCACAACUCAGGCAGGGAUGUCCAUAGUCCAUUGAGCCAACUGGGUAAAAAGCUCCUGAAUGCUGAGGCAUUGGCUGGCACUCUCACUUUGAGUUUGUGGCCAGCUUUGGUUCACCUUGGGUUCCGUCAACUCUGCCCUAGCCCCAGGGUAUGAGUUGUUUGGCACACACAACUGCUCUCCCAGGGCUGGACUUUACCAAGAAACCCAUGGACCAUGCUUUUCCACCACCUUUAUCAAAGUUCCAGUGUGCCUUACUGAUCUUUAGCCAAGGGCAUUGAUCUCUUGGGCGUAUAACUGAAAAAGGAGAAAUGGGGAAAAAGAGAAGUUGAGCUCUGGCCUCCCUGCUGCUAGCAGCGGGGCCUCUGGGGACGUGAUUGAUUAUAGCAGAAAGUCAUAUUCUUGUGGGAACUGCAGAGCGUCUUAUGGUUGGUUUUCUAAAUUCUUUGUCUUUCAUUAUUUUUCUCAAAGAUAAUAUGUAAAGGAAACAACAAACUGAAAACACUCAACUAUAGAACUUGCACCACCCAAAAUGAAUUUCAUUCUAAACAUCAUACUUAAAGAAGUUAUACAACUGAGAGAAGAUUUCAGCAAUUGCAAACAUCUAGGUACAACAGGCCCCAAAUAUAAGCACUACCUCACACCCAACUGUUUUCUCCAGCCAAGGGACACUGUUGCCUCAAUGCCAAGACCAGUCAGCAUUUCAGACCUUGUUAGAAACCACGGCUAUGCAAAGAUUCCUCCAGUUCAUUCAAAGAUGUGUGCUGAGUCCAGCAGAGAUUGAGAGAGGGAGAGCCAGGCAGGCAUCCUAGUCUUGUAUUCCUCCAGUGUUCUCAGCUCUGGGCUCAGGAUGAACAGAGAUCACUGGGAAGCACUGUACCUGAGCCAGGACACGCUGCCUUCCCAAAGGUCUGUGCAGAAAUAGGUCCCAGUGUUAGGCCCCCAUUCUUGCAGAGAGCUAAUCUCAAAGGUUAUGUUCUGUGGCACUCUUUUUUGCAUAUUCUGUAAAAAGGGAAGUGCUGCCUCUGGUACUCACUAUGCUUUAGUGCCAAGAUAAAGUAUGUUCCAGAAAAAAUUCUUAAAAAUCUGGUUUUUGUUAUCUGUUACUGGAAAAUGAUAUAACCCAACAUGCUUGUUUUGUUUUGUUUUUCUUAGUUUCAGGACAAUUAGAGUAACUAGAUCACUCCAGGUGAUCACAUCUAUUGUUUUUCUCCCUUAAAGAAGCAUUGGGGUAAUAAUUAAAGGACUGUUAUACCAUGUGUUUAAUUUUGAGGCUGUUUCCAACCCUUUCUGGAAGGGCCCAAGCACAUUUAAGUGGAAGGAUGUGUGUUUAUUCACAUGUGCAUUCUCCUUUCCUUGCAACUUCUGCCAUGUUUCUCCUUUUCUGACUGCCCCCCUUCAUGCUGGAACAGAGCCUGCCUGUGUCCAACACCAUGGAGUGGCUUGUCCAAGGCUCUAGCUGGCUUUGUGUUAGAAGGCCCUGUAGGCUUGCAGAGCUUUACACUCUGCGGAAGUCAGAUCAUGCUGUCUUCAGAAUGGUCUAGUCCUGUAGCCUGGGGACUAGUCCCAUAGAUGAGCUGUGGAUCCCAGAUUCAUCCAGACAUUGCAAGUAUUUUCCACCAAGGAUCCAGGCCCAGAGAUCCUCCUUAGUAUGUGUAUAGUUGUAGAGGCAACCUUGGUCACUGAAAGUCAGGAAAACUCUGGCACCGAAAGCUCCAGUUUCCUGUACAUGGGGGAUGGCAUCCAAAGGGUCCAAACGAGGCAUCAUUUGGGGGGGGGGUUGAAGAUAUGAAAACCUAUGGCAAAGGCCAAGCAGUGAAAACCCCUAGAACUGCACUACACACAACUCCUUUAGAGAUGAGAAGUUCAUGCUCACUAGAGUAAUCAACAAGCAGCCAGGCAUUUUUUAAGACUCAUUCUAUGGACCAAGCAUUGCCUCUGGCAACCCAAAUGGAAAAUCAUCAGGUUCAUUCCAGGCACAUGGCAAUGGCCAGCCAAGCCCACCUAGGGCCAAGGGCCACCACUGCCUUCCCACCCCAGAGCUCCUGAAGCCACACUCAGGCUGCUGAGAAGAGGGCUGGACAGGGGAGACUCAGAAAAGCUGAGCCCAGGGACAACCGCUUGUUUUUAAUCGGUCGCUCCAUUAACAUCCCAAACACACAGCAGGUAACUCUGAAGCUAGGCAAAGAGAUUACAAUUUACAGGGCGACUCCGAUGGGUCCAGGUCAGCGCAGUCAGCUUGAUUCCAAGGCCCACGGCUGUUAACUGAGCACAGUCUCACCACACGCCCUUGCUGCUGCUUGGGUGGCCUCGGAGCCUAGUGCCUGCACUCUGCUGGGGCGUCCUCAUUUUGUUGAGACUCUCAGUGAAAUGCUGAGAUGGGCAUUUCUCUGGAGCACUGUGCACUGUUCUCAGCUGACCCUAGAAGCUUCCCCAAGGAUCUUUACUCUUGGAGCUGUGCUGGACUGUGCCCGGCAGGGCAUAGAAUGGCCCUGAU